CUGAGAAAAUGACCAUAAAAGAUUUGGCCCAAGAAACUUUGACUCCAACUGCCUUCUUACAGAGUCGGUUUCUAGCUUACUUGAGGCUUGUUGAGGAAUAUACGAGGAAGAGUGGCAGCCAUUUUUGUUCUACCAGCUUUCAAAAGUAAUGCUUGCAGAAGCGGGGAAGUUUAGGAAGAAACACUAAAAAAUUGCUGUCUCUAACCUCGGUGAAUCACCUGCCUAUAGAAAACUUCAUCCCUCUUCAUCCAUCUUAAGGUCUCAACUUCCUGUCCGAUCUUUGUUGGGGAUUACAUAUUCAUGUAAUUUCGCGCCUGUUGCUUCUGUUUGCUGGCCUUCAAGUGAAAUUCUUUGCAGUUUCGUUCUAUUCGUCUUAGGAAGUUGAGAAAUGGAGGCAAUAGGCUACGAGUCAUCGAUUCUCUAGCAUCGGAUUUACUUUAAGAGCUCCAUUAAGGAGUGAUUCUCGUUUUUUUAAUGGCCGUGGAGUACCAAUGUUGCGAAACGCAGUUCUUCAUUCACAUCCUUUUAAUCGUUCUUCUGGUUGCUUUCGCGGGUAUGAUGUCUGGACUCACGCUGGGGCUUAUGUCUCUCAGUCUGGUUGAUCUUGAAGUUAUUGCCAAGUCUGGAACUCUCCAAGAUCGUAAAUAUGCCGCAAGGAUAUUACCAGUAGUAAAAAAUCAACACUUGUUGCUGUGCACACUCCUCAUUUGCAACGCUGCAGCCAUGGAGACACUUCCAAUAUUCCUUGAUAGUCUAGUAACAGCUUGGGGUGCUAUCCUUAUAUCUGUCACAUUGAUUCUCUUGUUCGGUGAGAUCAUACCACAGUCAGUGUGCUCAAGAUAUGGAUUAGCAAUAGGGGCUUUUACAGCACCCAUUGUCCGCAUUCUUGUCUGGAUAUGCUUUCCUAUUGCAUAUCCUAUCAGCAAGCUGUUGGACUUCCUGCUAGGUCACGAGAAUAAAGCACUUUUCCGGCGGGCUGAACUGAAAACUCUUGUUAACUUGCACGGAAAUGAGGCAGGUAAAGGUGGAGAGCUCACACACGACGAGACGACAAUAAUUGCUGGGGCUCUUGAGCUUCACGAGAAAACAGCAAGAGAUGCCAUGACCCCUAUAUCUGAAACCUUUGCAAUAGAUAUUAAUGCGACCCUGGACCGGGAUAUGAUGAAUUUAAUAUUGGAGAAGGGACAUAGCAGAAUACCAGUGUACUAUGAGCAGCCGACAAACAUUAUAGGACUUGUUCUGGUAAAAAAAUUUGCUGACCAUUCAUACAGAAGAUAGAGUUCCUGUGAAAAAUGUUACUAUUAGAAGGAUUCCUCGGGUUCUGGAAACUAUGCCAUUAGAUGACAUCCUGAAUGAGUUUCAGAAGGGUCAUAGUCACAUGGCUGUUGUUGUACGUCAGUGCAACAACCAGACAGCGCAAACGGCUAUUGUACCCCCACCCAACGAUGUGAAGGUUGACAUUGAUGGUGAGAAGACUCCUUCACAAAAGAGCCUGAAGAUGAAACAAGCACUAAAGAAAUGGAAGAGUUUCCCCAACAGUGGGAGUAAUUCAUAUAAGAGCACACGAAGCAAGAAGUGGAUGAAGGACAUGUAUGCAGACAUCCUGCCAAUGGAUGGGAAUCCGUUACCGAAACUCCCCGAAGAAGAAGAGGUAGUCGGAAUAAUAACUAUGGAAGAUGUUAUUGAAGAACUUUUACAGGAGGAGAUCUAUGAUGAGACAGAUCACCAGGUGGAUGAAUCGUGACAUUAAAGGAAUAUAUUUUGUAUAAAAUGCAAGAAAUAAUGAGAUAAAUGGUUAAUCAUAUGUGCCUGAGAAUUUUUGUUUCUGCAAGGGAAUUGUACUUUGUGGGUUGGGCAUGAUCAGUUUCAGUUCCCAAAUAUGGUGUAUUCAAGUUUCUUGAAGGCAUGUUAAUAUCUUCAGCUAUUUGUCUAAAUCAUGUACUGAUGUACAUACACGUUUGAGGUUAUCUUUCUUUUUGGGGAAAUUGCAUGAGGUAUAGGAGCUAGGAGCUGGGGGGUUUUCUAUUACGGAGCACCCACCUCUGUGAGAGCCUAUUAAGACAAAUGUUUUUCCUAUGAAAGGGUUAAAUAAGCCGUUCUAUUGUUUCCAAUUCAUC